AGGGCGGAGCUCAUGGGGGUAAGGCCACAGCCAAAGGCCCAAGGCUCCUGAUGGCCCCUCCUGCUGCCCCUCCACCACAACUCUGACAUGGCCCACGGAAGGGAAGGGCAACAGGCAAGGAAGGGAGGAACUGACCUUUCAAAACAAAGCCAGUUCCAGGGAACUGAGGCUGCCGCUGAGCUCCCUAUCAUCCCUCAGCUGUGGAAGGACGGGUGAGGAGCUGUGGAGGGCCAGAUCCCGGGGCAGAGUCCAGGGCGUCUCAGGGCUCUUCCACACACGCCUGCUGAACCCUGAGCGCCCCGAGCUGCCGGCAUGGGGCGGGCCGAGGCCGCCGCCAUGAUCCCAGGCCUGGCUCUGCUCUGGGCAGCGGGACUGGGGGAUGCUACCCCCAGCCUUCCCCGCCUUCGGCUCUCCUUUCAAGAGCUACAGGCCUGGCAUGGCCUCCGAACCUUCAGGCUGGAGAGGACCUGCUGUUAUGAAGCCUUGCUGGUGGAUGAGGAGCGAGGACGCCUGUUUGUGGGUGCCGAGAAUCAUGUGGCUUCCCUCAGCCUAGACAACAUCAGCAAGAGGGCCAAGAAGCUGGCCUGGCCGGCCCCUGUGGAAUGGCGAGAAGAGUGCAACUGGGCAGGAAAGGACAUUGGCACUGAGUGCAUGAACUUCGUGAAGCUGCUGCAUGCCUAUAACCAUACCCACUUGCUGGCCUGUGGCACAGGGGCCUUCCACCCAACCUGUGCAUUUGUGGAGGUGGGCCACAGGUUGGAGGAACCCAUACUCUGGCUGGACCUGAGACGGCUUGAGGAUGGCAAGGGGAAGAGUCCUUAUGACCCCAGACAUCGGGCUGCCUCUGUGCUGGUGGGGGAAGAGCUGUAUUCAGGGGUGGCAGCAGACCUCAUGGGCCGGGACUUUACCAUCUUUCGCAGCCUGGGCCAACGUCCGAGUCUCCGAACAGAGCCCCAUGAUUCCCGCUGGCUCAACGAACCCAAGUUCGUCAAAGUCUUUUGGAUCCCUGAGAGCGAGAACCCUGAUGAUGAUAAAAUCUACUUUUUCUUCCGUGAGUCUGCAGUGGAAGCCUCACCAGCAAUGGGACGCCUGACUGUGUCUCGUGUUGGCCAGAUCUGCCGAAAUGACUUGGGCGGCCAGCGCAGUUUGGUCAACAAAUGGACCACGUUUCUGAAGGCACGUCUAGUGUGCUCAGUACCUGGAGUUGAGGGUGACACCCACUUUGACCAACUUCAGGAUGUAUUCCUUUUGUCCUCACGAGACCUCCGGACACCACUUCUCUAUACUGUCUUCUCCACAUCCAGUAGCAUCUUCCAGGGCUCUGCUGUGUGCGUGUACAGCAUGAAUGAUGUGCGCCGAGCCUUCUUGGGACCCUUUGCUCACAAGGAGGGGCCUACACAUCAGUGGGUGUCCUACCAGGGCCGUGUCCCCUACCCACGACCUGGCAUGUGCCCCAGCAAGACCUUUGGCACCUUCAGUUCCACCAAAGACUUCCCGGAUGAUGUCAUCCAGUUUGCUCGGAACCACCCUCUCAUGUACAACUCAGUCCUGCCCAUGGGGGGGCGCCCUCUCUUCUUACAAGUGGGUGCUGGGUACACCUUCACCCAAAUCGCCGUAGACCGUGUAGCAGCUGCUGAUGGACACUAUGACGUUGUCUUUGUUGGCACAGAUGUGGGCACAGUGCUGAAGGUGAUCUCAGUUCCCAAGGGCAGCUGGCCUAGCUCUGAGGGGCUCCUCCUGGAAGAGCUGCAGGUGUUUGAGGACUCUGCCACCAUCACCAACAUGCAAAUUUCCUCCAAGAGGCACCAGCUCUACAUAGCAUCAAGGAGCGCAGUGGCACAGAUUGCGUUACAUCGCUGCACUGCCCUAGGCCGAGCCUGCGCUGAAUGCUGCCUGGCCCGGGACCCCUACUGCGCCUGGGAUGGGUCAGCCUGCACACGCUUCCAGCCUACUGCCAAGAGGCGGUUCCGGAGGCAAGAUAUAAGGAAUGGUGACCCCAGCACACUGUGCUCUGGGGACUCCUCUCGUCCCUCGCUGCUGGAGAGGAAGGUCUUAGGUGUGGAGGGUGGCAGUGCCUUUCUGGAAUGUGAGCCCCGGUCACUACAGGCACAUGUGGAGUGGACCUUUCAGCGUGCAGGGGAGGUGGCCCACACCCAGCAGGUGCUGGCUGCGGAGCGAGCUGAGCCAACUCCACGGGGGCUACUGCUGCGUGGUCUGCGGCGCCAGGAUUCCGGGGUGUAUCUUUGUGCUGCCAUCGAACAAGGCUUUUCACAGCCCCUGCGUCGCCUGGUGCUGCAUGUGCUGAGUGCAGCACAGGCUGAGCUACUGGCACGGGCUGAGGAGGCUGCUCCCCCUGCACCACCAGGCCCUAAACUCUGGUACCGGGACUUUCUGCAGCUGGUGGAGCCAGGCGGCGGUGGAGGCACCAACUCCUUGCGAAUGUGCCGCCCGCAGCCCGGGCCCCGCUCUGUAGAAGGAGAGUCACAUAGGAAGGGCCGAAACAGGCGGAUGCACGCCUCUGAGCUGCGCGCUGAGCGUGGGCCACGUAGUGCAGCGCACUGGUGACUGCGCUGUCCCCAUACCGGAGACCAGACAGGAGAUGACACACAGAAGAGGGGGCAGACAGACCCCAGGAAGACGGAUGGGUUGUGGCCGGGCACACUGGGGUCCCCGGACCAAUGAAGACACCCAAACAAUAGGCCCUGGACAAAGGGCAGGGGAGCCAGCUUAUUUAUUAACAGGAUGUAAUGUAAGCCCUGGAAGAGUGACUCAGGCCGAGUGCAAGAUCUAGCCUGGAGGGAGGGAAGAGAGAAAUGGGGCUCCAGAGCAAAGACCAGGGACAGGACACUGUCUUGGGUGUCCACCCUGGGGAAAGAUUUCUCUUCUUUGGGCAGUGAGCAGAAAUCUGUGAACAGACUAGGCUGUUGGGUACUGGGUGACACAGACCGACUGUACUAAAGUAAUGCAAUAAACACAUUAUCGGCGAAUCUGGAUUGGCCCCAGCAGAUAUAACAGGUAGACCUAGCCUAGACCUUGCUGUGAGGUCUUGGGCAUUGUCCUAGCAGUCUCAAGAUCUGAAUUUCUCCUGUCCACGAUUGCAGUAGUGAGGAUUUAAAGGUGAUUGAACAGGUUUUUCUAUAGAGCCUUUGGGGGUAAUGACGUGCAGUGAAUUCUGCACAAUCUAACAGCAGGGCUAAAUGCUCUGAAGUAAAAAACAAAACAAAAAAACUGGAUGAUGUGUGUAAGAGUGUGUGUGACACUUGAGCUGAAAGACAAGACUAUGCCAACCACAGGAACAUUCCAAGAAGGAAGAACCAGUGCAAAGGCUUGCAGGAGGGAACAAGCCUACCACAUCUGAGGAACAAGAAGGCUAAUAUACUACUGUGGAAUGGUGGACUCAUGGAUUCAGGGUGUUUGGAAGGUAGAUCUCAGUCUUGCUGUGCCGAGUUGAGAAGGGGAACAGGAGUCCACAACAGAGGAAGGCCUGGAAGUUGGACCAUUUCCUUUCAAGAAUGAGCUAUGCUGUUGUACAUCCUCAAAUGCCCCCAUGCCACCUGUUAUGCUCUUCUGGAAACGAAUGGAUGGGGAGGACCAAUACUACUUUGGCAUAAGU